ACCAUGAAAUUUAGUGUGUAUUUACACUGCAAAAGGUAAUGGAACUUAGGGGAACAAAACCUGGGAAAUGUUGAAUAAAUACGGCAUACCUUUUUUAUUGACAUAAAUUGUGUAAAGAUAUGCGAAAGAGAUUAUUGAUUGUGCAACAGUUUGAAUGCCAAAAUAAAAUCGGAUGCCAUUACUGAUAAUUUAAAAAAUCUAUCGCCUUAACAUCCAAUGGUGGCAAAAAGGGAGGAUGUCGAGGUCGAUUUUAAAAAAGGACUGUCAGCGCUUCUUCAGGGCAGGAAUCCUCGUUCUCAAACAAGGAACAUCACUGCUGCAGAUGCUUCUCGAUCUUCAGCUUCAUCAAAUGCAUGUCUCUCUCGGGGAACUUCUAUCUCAAUAUCACCAUGAACUUUUUCACUCAUGGCAGAAAAGUCCUUGUUGUGCUUGCCCAACCCAAAAGGCCUCUUACUUUUCUGGCUUUUUACUAAAACAACAAUACGAAGAUUUGUUUGAUUUUGUUCCAAAGCAUGAUCGCGACUGUAGAAAUAUUAAGACAUCUGUACAUGGCCUGUGCAGCUGUCGGUAUGAAGUUAUAAAUGGCAUAACCGCCAAAAGUCUUGAUAUCAUUGUAACGUCUAUGCUUCUCCUUAAUUUGGAAUGUUUUCACUUUGAUGAUGACGUCAUUGAGGCGAUCUCUGAGCUACGGAGACUUAGAAAUGAGAUAGUUGCCAAAGGUUCCACAAUGAGUUUUACAGAAGAUGAGUUCACUUUGUUCUGGAAUAGAGCUAAUCCCUCUAUAACGAAAAUUGCCAAAGAAAUUUCUGAUCAAUUUCUUAAGCAAACAGUUGAAAACAUCCGGGUUCUAAAGGAUGAACCUCUUCAUCUAUAUUCAGCCAUGGUUGUCAUUACCACAAUACGUCACGGUAACCAAAGAGAGUUGGCAUUUCUAAAGGACUUGGAACAUGCACAGAGAUUGCUGAGCGACAGGCGUCAAGGUGAACUUUUACCAAUGCUGAACUUUGGUUUAGAAGUAGUCUGUUCAACAUUUGGACUUUCUAACCCUGCUCUUAAGGAAAUGCAGAAUUCUAAAUUCCUGUUGCAUAAUGGGAAGACCAUGGACCUUAUCAAAACUUUCUCCAGUCCUUGGAUGAAAAAGCUGAUAAAAUCUAGGCUCUUGGUUCAAGAACAGACUGAGAUCUGGCUCGAAGAAUUGUGGGCUGCAGACCCUCUAAGACCAAAGACAAAUUCAAAUUUAGGAUUCAUAUCGUGCGGUAAAAACAUCAUAUUGUCCAACGAUCGCCGACAUGCAGUAUGGAACUUUAUAGAAUCGGAAGGUGUGACAUUCAGUAGUAGAGCGAUGAAUCACUUAGAGCAUGCGCAUCUUGAAAUCAUGGGGAGUGGGGAGGUUGCUGUUGGUGUAUUGGAAAGUGAUCCGAUGAUUCAAAGGCAACGGUUAUCUUCUUUUUCUGCAUGUCCCGAGUUUAAGACUGCCAUUGUAGUGAAAACAUUCGAGUCCUCGAGCCUAGUAAAGAUGGUUCGGGAUGUUGACGAGUUAGUGAUUUAUUGUGACAAGCAACGAUAUGUGUUAUACAUUGAGCAAGGGAAAAGGGUGUGGCUUGUGUUUUGCCUACGAUUUGGAGAUGUGAAGAUUGAACUACACUCAUCAGCAAAUCAUGCAAUGAAGUUUCAUGACGUCAUGGGAAGCAAUGUACAGGCAACUGGAGGAAACAAACGUCUGCUCUGUCUAAAACAUGUCAAUUCGCAAUCCGUGUGUCGUCUGAGCAGGCGAAUCCAUUAUGGUGAGGAGGUCACUCUAUUCAUUAGACAAGAGAAACCUACCAAUGUUCAUGCCAUUCCAUGCUACAUUCUUAUAGGCAUCAGUGCAGACGGACUCCAUAACGGGUCCCUACAUGACGAUCAACCAUUCACUUCCGCAUCACGUUCGUGGCUCAUAAAAAGGAAAUUAGAAGAGUUAGAAUGUAUUGGAAAGAUCCAAGUUUGUGUGUCUAUGAAUGGAUUACUGAAAUUUGUUACCUCUAAAGGCUCAACUUUAACAGUGCAACUUAGUGAAAGUGAAAAAAAGAUGGGUGUUGCGGUGGUUUUCGAAUUAUUUCGGACAGAACUUGAAAUCGUUAACUAUAAAAUUAAACAAUAAAACAUUGUUUUAAUUAAUAUCUUCCAAUGUACGUUAAAAACAUUGUGAUAAGUCUACUCAAGAUUUCAUUUUAGUAAUUUUUUCUUUUUCUUUCAU